CCCAAUCCCAGGUCCAAUCCCUGUCCACGUUCGUUCAGCGGUCCCCCUCCGAUCCCGAUCCCGACUCAGAGACAUGGACAACGAGAAAUCGGACGGCGCCAGCGCGAGCCACGUCGAGGACCACUCGCAGCAGCUGAGCGACGGCGUGUACCACCAGAGCCGGCUCGGCCCCAAGGCGACGCGGAAGCACUUUUUCUCGCCGCUCGACCGCUCGUACGCCGAGGCCGUCAACCUGGACGCGGAGGGCGUCGAGUUCGAUCAGGCUGAGGAGCGACGCGUCCGGCGCAAGAUCGACCGUGUCGUGUUGCCUCUGAUUGUGGCCAGUUACAUAUGUGCGUGCUCCUCGGUCUUUCUGGACUCGUUGAUUGAGCCCGUGCAGUCAACCAAUUCGACCGCACCAACAUGUGAGAUCUGUGAUCCUUGCAGGCGUUUUGGCAUUGACCAUAUCAGCGGAAACGCUCAUACGUUGACCGCUUUCAACAAGAACUUUUACGAACAACAACAAGUGGACGCUCGCGCUCAGCAUCUUCUACGUCGGAUACUGCCUCCUCGAGAUCCCCGCGAACAUUCUCCAGCGAUACAUCGGGGCCAAUCGGUUGUGAGCAUCCCUCAAGCCCACUCACGUGUCCGAGUCAUGAGCCGUGACCUCGAGCGCAGCUUCUUCCUCGCGCUCAACUUCUGGGGCAUCGCGUCGCUUUCGGUCGUUUAUGCCAAGGGGUACGCCGGACUCCUUGUGCUUCGGGUGCUCAUGGGCAUCGGAGAGGCGGGAUACUACGCUGGGAUGAUCUACUACUUGUCUUUCUGGUACAAGAAGCACGAGCUUGCUAUGCGCAUCAGUCUCUGCAUGACCGGCACACUUCCCGGGGCCAUUGGUGGUCUGCUCGCAUUUGGUCUCGUGCGUGCCAAGACAUCGUUGUUGGAGGGCUGGCAAUUCUUGUUCUUGAUCGAGGCUAUACCCACCAUCAUCAUGGCCUUCUCGAUCCUUCUGUUUCUGCCGUCGUUCCCCUUCUCGGCGUCAUUCUUGACCCCGCGCGAGCGUGCGAUUGCGCAGGCGCGGCUGAACCGGGACCACAAGCCCCAAUCGCACGGGGGGAUGACGGGCGUGGAGGGGCUCAAGGUGAUCAUGGCCGACCCCAACGCGUGGCUGUUCGUGCUGAUCUAUGCGAGCUUCAACGUGGGCGUGGCGACUGUUUCGUACUUUUUGCCCACGCUCAUCAAGAAUCUCGGCUUCACCGCUAUCAACGCCCAAGGGCUCACUGUCGCGCCGUACGCCGUGGGCUGGCUGAUGGUCGUCUUCCAAGCAUGGCACAGCGACCGGACCCACGAGCGCGGGUACCACAUCAUGGUCAGUUGCGCGGUGUCGUUCAUCGGCUACGUCAUCCUGGCGGGUGUGAUGAAGAAGAGCAUCGGCGCGGCCUACUUUGCGUUGUUCCUCGUCGUCGGCGCGAACUACAGUCUCUUCCCGCUCGUCAUGAGCUGGGCUGCGAACGUAUUCUCGCCGACAUCUAAACGGGGCGUCGGCACCGCGUUCAUCGUGUCGGUCUCCAACUGUGUUUCGAUAGCGUCGCCGCAGAUCUACUUUGACCCGGAGGACUCGUUCCGCAAAGGGCACGCAAUUUCUGCUGGGAUGCUGGCACUGGCGUUCCUCGCGACGUUGAUCCUGCGCACGCGCCUCUCGGCGCUCAACAAGCGGAACCGGGCGGUGCAGGCUGGAGCCGAGGCGAAGCAGGAACGGGGUGUGGACGAGGAGAUCUGGGACACGGAUCCCCGUCCAGGCAGCCGACGCUCACGAUGGGUGCAUGUGUACUCCCUUGUGGCCUCGCCUGAUCUGAUCCCGACUGGUGGUACGCGCCGUACAGCCACUGCUGGAAUGACAGCUGCUGUCCACAAGAUCUGUCAAACGCCCAUCAGCACGCCGCGUCUUCUCGUCCUCCACCUGCGCGCGUUGGGCCUCUCCGACCCGGCAGGCACGCAGAGAGAGAGAGAGAGCAUGGGUACUGUGAUCCGUGGAUGCGAACUUGCUCAUGGCGGCGAGAUCGUCCACUGGGCGACCCGCAUCAAGGCGGUGACAGUGACGGUGGCCUGGUCCGCCGCGUGCUUCCAAAUAUUGCGAGAAGGUGGCCUGGAGGCCGGGGCUCCGCGGUCGCUUCUUUCCUCCUCCUCCUCCUCCUCCACCCACCCUUCACUCGCCCCGAUGCACCGCUGGCUGUGCAUCCCGGCACUUUCACUGUCGUUACUGGUUUCGUUCGCUUAUGCCAGUGCCGCUGAUGCGUCUUUCACCGUCGACGACUUGAUUUCCCGAUUGGAUGGCAGGGGGGAAUCGGUGCGCGCGCUGCAUCCCUUGUUUCGCCUCGUAAUGCUCACCCGCAUCCCCGCACGCAGCGCCGUGGACAUUGGUACGCAUGAUUUCCGCAUCCUUCCAUCCGUCGCUGCCGCAUGCGGCUCAUGUCCUGCACAGAGCAUCCAGGCAGCGAACGAUUCGCAGGUGGCCGCCGACCUCGGCUCCUCCUCCAACGAGACGUCCUUCGACUGGACUGUCAAUGUCGAAGCAGGUCGGCGGUUUCUUCGUACCGGUUCGCUCGGAUCUGAAGGGCAGCGCUGCAGGUACCACGGUGAUCGUGCAAGUGCAGGACGCGACGGGCGCCGCGGCUCUGUCGCAGCCGGUCACGAUCGGCGCUGGGUCCGAGGAUUGUACUUUGGGGAACCUGGGCGGGAGUUUGAGUCUGCCGUCGACACCGCCGCGCAGGGGGCUCCGGCCACCGCCGGGAACGCGUCCCCGACCAGCGUCCUCGGACGGCCCACGGAGGCGACGACGAACGCUCCGCCGCCGGGAGCCGCACCCAGCCCCGCCCCCGGCCCCCCAAAUUCGACCGCUGGCCGAGCACCCGCGGGGACAUUGAGAGCCACCGCAGCAGCAGCAGCAUCGGGCCGCCCGACUCCCACCGAGUCCGUGUCUGGCUCUUCCCCAUCUUCAACAUCCUCGCCGUCGCCACCGUCGCCGCAACAACCCGAAAAGGCCGCCGCCGCCCCCUCCACGCACCUAGGGCUGAUCCUUGGGCUGUUGAUCCCAGGCCUCCUCGUGCUGGCGCUGCUCCUCGGCUUCAUCCUCGUGCGGCUGAGACGCCAGCGGCAGCGGCGCGCUGCAGACCUCGAGCGCGGGGCGUGGGUGUUCCAGCAGCCGCCGACGGUGAUGCAGGAGGUGUGGGUGCAGCGAGACGAGCCGCAGCAGCGGGGAUUGUACGAAAACGACGACGAGGACGUCAAGCGCCCCGGGCCCUACUCAUACUCGAUGUGA